GUUGGGUGUUGAGUUAUUUUUAGAGCUACUCGGAAAAUCAAAUGUAGAGAGAACCAAAUGGGGUUGAGAGCGAGAGGUGUGGGGGCAUUGCCAAACCUCAUUCGAAGCCUCCGGAAGGAAGCCCACCCAAAGCCCACAAACCAACAAUCACUUCCGUCUCUGAGGCGCGCCUUCUCUCUCUACGAUCAGAUCAAUCUCAUCGACAACGUCCCUGAUGACCAGCUUCGCUUUCAACGGUACACUGAGACAGGAUUCAGAGUGAAUGGGGUGGAUUAUGAAGGAAGCUUGCUUUGUGUUGGAAAUAUGUUGAUGUCUUGGGCUCCCACCAAAUUCUCUCAUGUCACUCCUGAUAGCUUAUCAGUGUUCCAAAUUGUGCGGCCUAUACCUGGUGCACCUUGUUCUCGAUUGUCUUCAUCAAUUACUUUAGAGAUUUUGAUUCUUGGCACUGGGAGAAACAUUGAACCCGUAGAUCCUGAACUACGACGCUUCAUUCGCUCUACGGGAAUGAAGUUAGAAGCCGUUGACUCGAGAAACGCCAUAUCAACUUACAACAUACUGAAUGAGGAAGGUAGGAUUGUGGCUGCUGCGCUUUUACCGUACGGAGCUUCUUAAUGGUGCCUAGACCCAGUGCAAGAUGAGUGCUUUCUGCGUCCCAACAAUCAAUCUUCUUCCUCACUAGGUACAUACAACCUCAAGCAAAAUGAAUGCAUUUAUAAUGUAACUAAUGACUAAGAGGCAUGCUACAUCGAUUUUCGUAGUGUAGUUAAGGUGGUCUGUUGCUGCUGUAUGCAUGCUCAAGUAAUUCAUUCUGAUAUGUCAAGCAUAUCUCUAUGGUAGAGACCCUUGAGGCUAUGUUAAAAAUCUUACUGCAGAAGUUCGUGAGAAAAAAAGAUACUAUUCUUGCAGAAAUUUUCCGAAUAAAAUCAUCUUGAAGUUCAA